AUGCGCAGAUUCCUGCAAUGCAGUGAUUCUGAGGCAUGCAUGGCUAAGUCCUUGAAACAAGCAUAUGACUACUGGCAGAAUCGACCAGAUCUCAAUUGGGUCGUCUCACAGCCGCUGCGGGCCUAUACCCUGUCGCCAAAAGGCAAAAGGGCACGCGCACACGCAGGGCCAGACGGAAUUGAUGAUCGUGAUGGAAUUAUUCGUGGUUCGCCGUCGCACGCGCAGCAAACACACUCACACUCACACACAUCCUCGCGUUGCUGGUCGGGGGGACGGAGGGAAGAGGAGAGAGGGGCGGCAGGAAGAACGGGACACGAGCACACGCAGUAG